UCGGCGGCGGCCUUUGGUGCCGCGGGCGCUGUGGAGGCCACAUGUGUAAUGGCGUCCGACAGGCCUGUGGAAGAUUCUGGAAUAGUUGAGGGGCCACGAGUGUGGGGUGGGGAUGGCAUUCCCUGUGGAUUUGCUUGCUGAGUUGGAGCAUGAAGACAUUGAGCAUUCAGCUGAGGAAUACAUGUCUAAUCUUCUGUACGGUGACCCCGAGAAGCUGGAAUAUUUUACCCUACCCAACAGAAGGAAGAUUCCAGUUAGCCUGUCCUCUGUUGCUUUUGUUCCACUUUAUGGUGGCGAUACGACUUAUAAAGUUCUGGCUUUGUUUGCUCCCGAAAAUCAGUUCACAGCUGUGGCACUUUACCUCGUGGAUAGAUGGUGGGCAACUGAUGACAUCAUCAAAACAGCUGAGUCCUCCCGUCAGGGACCCCAGCAGGUAACAUCACUUGGGGAGCGGAUCGUUCUGUACGUUUUGAACCGCAUCAUUUAUAGAGCCCAGGAAAUGAGUGCAGAUGAACUCCCUUUCCUUUGCCACAGCGCCACCGAAUAUGCUAAAAUUCUCUGGAAGUCUGGGAAAGCAAUUGGAUUCUACUCUACCAAAAUAGCAGGAAGCAAAUGCGAUACCUUCCUGACUCAGCGCUACCAGCUGCCAAUACUUGACACCAUCUUUGUGAGGAAGAAGCAUCGGGGGAAGGGAUAUGGUCUGCAAAUGCUGGAAGACUUUGUUGACAGUUUCACAGAGGAUAUGCUGGGUUUGAGAUACCCACUUUCACCCUCUAUGUUUGGAGUUUGUAGGAAGUAUUUGAACAAUUAUCCUGAUGACCACAGCCUUCUGUGGGAGGUUGAAGGUGUUGGUCACCCUUUCCAGCGAGUUCGUAUUGCAGACAGACUGCUGACACAGAUCGCCCCUGUGAAAGGUAUAGAUAUCUCUCAUACUGAUGAACAUGGACCAGUCAAAGAAGAAUCUUCAUCCCUAGAUUUGACUGAGAGUGGAACAGCAAACCAACUGACGAACAAAGUGGAGAAGCAGCCACAUAUGACCGAGCUGCCUACUGAAUUACUUGCUCGCCAAGCAUUGCCAGGUGCUUCUUCAAUCCUUUCCGAAGAGCUCACAAGACCACCUGUUGCUAAACGGGGAAGAAGCGGCCAAUCCAAACGUUCAAAAGCAGCAAAGUGUCGAGUUGAGUCGGAAACAAAAUCAAAACGUUUCAAUAAUAAAGAGGAGGCAAGUGCAUCGGCAGAGGUUAAGGAUCAGUUAAACAGAUGUGAAGCCAAGGUAGAUGGAAGUGGAGAUGCUCCACAAAUGAUUGGAAAUCAGGAAAAGUGCAUAAUUCCAGAAGGUCCUGCAGGAAUAAUGGAGAGUGACGUUGACAUCUUGAAACAGGAUGUUGGUGAGGAUAAGGAAUCUUCCUCUGAGACAAUUCCAGAAUCAGUAAACUUGGAAAUGAGAGAGCAGGUUGUUCAGGACUCCAGCAAGUCGGCAGAGAUGAUACCUGAGGAACCGGUCAAGGUAGAGGAAGCAAUUCCCAAGGAUCCAUCUGAUGCUGCAGAGGAGAUUCCCAAGAACCCGGCUAUCGUGGAGGAUGAGAUUCCCAAGAAUCUGGCCAAGGCUGAAGAAGGGAUUGCCAAUAAUCCAACCAAGGCUGAGGAGGACAUUCCUGAGGAUCCAGCCAAGACUGAGGAGGAGAUGGAAGAGGAGAUUCCUCCGGAACUAACCAAGGCUGAUGAGGAGAUUCCUGAGGCUCCGAUUGAAGCUGAGGAGGAGAUUCCUGAGGAUGCAAUCAAGGUUGAGGUGGAGAUUCCUCCAGAGUCAGUGAAGCCUGAGAGAGAAAUUGCUCAAGAUACAGUGAGUGAUAAGGAAGAGGUCAUUCAGGACUCGACAAACAUAGACAGGGAAGUGAAUGAAGCUGCUAAUGGAGCACCUUCUGAUCAGUUAGAAAAUGUGCCUGAAGAACCCAGUCCUGAAGAAGAUUUGAAAGAUCACAGUGAAGGCAACAUGACAGAAAAGGCUGCAGAGCUUGAAGAGGAAAGUGCUGAAGUUGUUCUUGCACAGAAUGAAGGCAAGGAGUGUGAACCAGUGCAAGGACCAGCAGUUAACAGCUGUCCUCCCAACCACCAUGCACCUAUUCCAAAUAAGCCUGCACUAGCUGAAAUUGGGGAAUUGCCUGAUGUACAAGCUAAUGCAAAGACAUCUGAUAACAGCCAUGUUUCAGUCAAUGAGGAAGUAUCACAACAUAGUGCUUUGGAGGGUGAGGGCAUUUCGGAGACUGCUACAGCACAACCGGAGAGUGAGACUGGGGAAUCUAAUGCCCCAAUGGACCUCAGUCUAGGUCCCUUACUUGUGAUUGAACUUGAGGAUGUUUCACUGAAGCAGGUUUCUUCUGUACAGCUGUCUGAAGAUGAAACAAAAGAGUCUGAUGAUCUGAAAGAUCAGUCAUCACCUGCUGUGGUUGAGAAGGCGGCUGACAGCAGCUCGGAAGAGAUGGAAACGGAAGUACCAGUCGUGGACAGGAGAAAUCUGAGAAGGAAAGUCAAGGCAAACAAAGGACCUCCCAAGAAACGAAGCAAGGUCCGUCACAAUCGUGCAUCCACCAGAACACGAUGAAAGGAAUUCAUUUAUCAACUUUGAAAAUCUUUAAUGCAUUUUCUGUUGCUGAGGUGAGAAGUUGGUGGCAGAUGGGAAAAGCCAUAUUAAAAACUUGAUUCAAAUGGAACAGGGAACUAAAACUUGGUUCAAGUUUGGGAUAGAGUUUAUGCUAUAUUUAUCCAAGUGGCACAAAAGACCAAGAACUUUCAAACAUGAAUUAAGUUUAACAAUAGAAAUUUAACAGUAUGUUUCACUAGUUUAUCACAUGCUGGAAGGAUCUUGUGGUGAAGUGGUAGUCUACCUAACUCUGAGCCAUAAUAUCUGGUUUAAAGGCUCACUUGCCCCAGAGGUGUAUCAUUACAUGUUGAUUUUUUUAAAAAAGUAGUAUACUAGAAAUUAGCUGGAUCCACAAAACUAGAAUACUAGCCAUGACCUCAGACUGCAUUAAUCAUACUGCCAAGUUUUUGAUAAUUGUUCCUGUAUGUGGUUAAUUUUAAGCUUUUUGGUGCAAGGACACUAACUUUUAUAAAAAUUAAUCACUUUAUAUCAGUUAAAAAAAAAGUAAAUGGUUCUGUGUGAUUUAAAUUUUGCGGUUUAAAAUCAGGACAGACAGUAAGAUAGAUACCUACUAAAAAUGCUUGUUUAAUGUAAUAAUGUAGCUAAAAAUAGAUUUAAUAAAAUUGUGGGUUACUACUCAAUUGUUACUUGCAUUAAAUAAUAUUCUGUCAAGUGCCAUAAACACUGUUUAAAUGUGCUGGUGAUGGUCAAUUUUACACUAUUAAACACAAAUGAGGGCGUGGGAACUUAAGCAAAAUAUUCAGUUUAGAAAGUUACCAAUUUCUUUCCAGUUUGCUAAUUAGAACCAAAGUGAAAAUUCUACCUCUUUUUAAAAUGCAUUUAAUGUGUAGCUUGCCCUUAUUUAAAUGUUUUUAAACAGUUUUUACUUUUCCUGUACUUGUUUUAGUCAGUCAAUACAAGUACCGAUGCUAAAGUUCUUUUAUGUAAUAGGCACCUUGCUCUCAGAAGAAUGUUGCUUUCAAUUCGUGUCCCUAAAGAUGAUCCUUUAUUGCAAUCAACAACCAACAGGGUGGGAUUACUUGGCUGGGAAAUGUUACUAUUGUAGACCAUCAAGGCAGUAACAAACUGCACCACAGAGCGAUUAUAUAAAAUAUCCUUCUGCAGGUAACACCUUCCUUGUCCCAUUUUUCUGAUAGCUAACAUGGACACAUUCUUAGCUGGCAUAGCAUUGAGAAACCUAAAACAUUGCAUCUGCAAAUUCACAUUAAACUAUAUGAAAAAUAGCCCAAGAUGAUAUAUUUGAAUCUCUUUCUGAAUCUCCCUACCAGUUGAGAAAUGCCAGCAAAAGCACAAAUAUCCUUUCUGUUAAUAUAUUUGAAUACCAGGUGCCUUGAUUUGUUUCUUGAAAAUUAAAUGCGCAGUAAGUUAGUACCAUAACUAAGUUCGAAGAUACGUCUACUCACCUCAUGCAAAGCAAUUUGUGUAUUUGGAAAUAAUUCAGUAAAAUAGUUGAAUACCUAUAUUUAUUUUAGCUUCCAAAGAAAAUGUAUGUAUGUCUUAGUUAUAUGAAGACAAUUUGUUCCUCCAGAAUGUAAUUAUCUUUCCAGCCAAGAAUGUCUCCAUGUCAGAACACCCUGUGAUAUGCCUUACUAGCUCAUGAGUGACAGACUAUUCAGACUAAUACUUGGUGAUACUUCUACACGAGUCUAAUUUGGUCUAAGUUCAAGUGUCUGUAGUGGUUCAUUAAAAUCCGAAAAAUUGCAGCUGUAUGGUUUU